GAAGAAAGAGAGGCUCGGCACAGAAAAAAAACCUAAACAAAAAGCACAGUGCACGCAUACUUACACAAGAAAAAAAUGGCUACAUCAGAAUCUCGGGACGACACACCGAUGCAAGACCAAACAGACAGGAUUGUCGAGGUGCGAGAGCAGGUCAGGCAGAAGGGCGGCUCUUCAAAGGGUUUAAACAUACGAAGUGGGAAAAGUAUGGAGAAACAACCACGGUCAAAUUAUGCAUUUGACUACACACAAAAUCGAGCUCAAUCGCAAAAUAGUGGGCAAUCUACCUCAGAAUACACAAACGAGGCUGACGCAGAGGUGAGGGCCAUGCGGGUGUUAUAUGGAGAUACGAAUGCACUACGAGAGCGUCGCAGGAAAGCCCAAGAGAAGCAUGUGCACGAAUUGGCAGUGUACAACCACAAUGAGAGCAUGAGAAGUUUUCGUGUCCCUCGCGCAAGUAUUAUGGCCUAUGAGAAUUUAACUAGAUUCCAUCACAUGUACGGGCAGGGUGCAAACUUUCGGCACUUAAAAAACAUUCAGAACGAAACGAAUUACGGCCAUGGGCAUAGGCGUGCGGAGAAUAGGAUACGAGAUAGUGAGCAAUCUCGAAGCGGCCACGCAGAUGCGUAUGAGAAGAAACGUAGACAGGAUACGGAAACGAAGGAGAAGGCUAGUAGGGCUGAGACUGUAGAUGAUGAUGCACGGGAACAUACGUCUGAUGGUAGACGAAUACAGGAAGAAGGGUCCAGUACUGACCACAAGAGCGUGAAGAAGCGCAAAUUAGAACACACCCAGACAGCUGACAAACCUCAUACGCACACGCAACGGCCGUCGGGCGAGGGUAGAGACAACGUACUGGAGGUGGGAAACCAGGCUACAAGCGAGCCUGCUAAGGGAAAGGAUGUGACUGGGAAACAAGCAGCGGUUGCAUCUAAGGAUAGCAAAGAUAGUAUUACGGAUAGUGGUGAGAGAGUGUUGGGUGAGUCUUCGGUGGCGAGCGCGGGCGAGAGCAGCGGCCCUGAAAAGUCGGGCAAGGACACCGGCGAUACCAAUAGAGGUGUGAGGGUGCAGACGGGGGAUGGUGCGCAAAAUGAAACCGAUGAGAAGACGGGCAAGCAUCUGCAUGAAAAGUUGGUAGGCGAUACAGUAUAUAUAGACCUGGACGCUGACAGUUCAGAUGAAGCGUCCGCGCAGGCGACUGCUACCAAAUCACACUCAGAUACUGUGGGGGCUAGAGAAGGGGAGCGCGAGAGGGGGAGUGAUGGUGUUGAUAAAUUUGUGCCUAUGUCGAUGGAUGUGCCUUCAGACGAAGGCUCGGGCGAAGAUGAUAUAGACGCUGAUUUGCCGUCGCACGGGCGGGUGCCAGAAAGUGAGAGCAGGAGGGAAGUAGCGAACUCCGAGGCGGAUUCUGGGGUCGGUGUGGCAUCUGUAUCCAAGACCACACAGAUUAACGACAUAAAAUCGUUCAGCCAGAGGUCCAGAGAGAACGCUGCAGAGCACAAAGAUUCAAUUACAGCAGACACGACGCCCUCUAUGAGCGAAGCCGCACGGCGUAUGAAGAUGUCGCAGAUUAUGAUGGCUGCGGAGGAGCGGGAGAAGAGAGAGGCUGCUGCCAAGAGUGAGCCAAGCGAGGUGUACAAAGACAACACUGGCACAAAUAAGGAAAGGGCCCCACUGUCAGCCACAGCACUGGAGAAGCAGGCCGGGCCUAAGCAGAACACCGAGACGCGCGUGGACGACAGCAGGGAGUCUGACAAGCUCUCGACAAGUAGAGAUACAGCAGUAUCUAGUAGGAGGGAAGACACGGGGAAGGCUGUAGACAGCGAAGAGCGCGGGGAAGCGGAUGCGAAUAAACGCAAACUCGACGUACAAGAAGCUGCGGCUGUGCUGGAGAAACGGGCCAAUGCUAUGAGGAGCUUUGGCAAGCGUAUGGAAGAUUUCCCUCCAUAUCACAAGUCUCAUCGAAAGGCCUUCGACCCGAGGGAGAGUGUGAUGAAGAAGAAGAGUAGUGUACACGCUGAGGAAGCACACGCCGCGAAGCAGUCGCAAACACCCGACACUACGAAGGUUGGUCCUGACGCUGACGGCACACAGGCGCAAGACCCUAUGACGGGCGGAUCGGCAGGGGUGUCGAAUAAAACAGCACCAUCGGAAACCAGCGCAAACCUCCCACCAGUACACCACAUUCACAAACACGCGCCUGGUGUGCGUGUUCGCGUGCGCAUAGACGAGACCAGCGAUGUGGGUGGUACACAGACCGAUGAGAAGCCCGAUGAGAAAGCAGCAGCAGUGGCGGCUGAUACGCUCAAGAGACCCGACGGGAGCUUUACGAAGGCGGAUAUCGGAUAUGAAGACUACAAUAAGAUCAGUCCUAGGAGAAGCUCAAGAUUACGUACAAAGCCUAGAACAAGCUUCGUCGAGGAUGCGUCUGAAGAGGACUUCGAGGAUGAAGAUGUAUAUACAACCACAACGAGUGAUAGUAGGAAACGGUCUCGUAAGAAAUCAACCCCAGCACCUCCUGAGGAGAAGACAGAGCAUACGAACCGACCCCGGCCAGAUAUCUUCGGUCCGGAUUUGGAUACCGGGUUUGGGUCGGCCAAGUCACACCCUGACACCAUGCGAAAGGUAUGCUCGCUGCGCCCAGCACAGAUUCUCGAGCUCAAGGCAGGGCAAAUGAAACGGGUGCUUACGGUAGUUGGGCAAAGAUUUGACGGCGUGAUUGAGAAGAACGACCUGCGUGCACUGUGUCUGAAGUAUGUGACUGUCUUUAACAAGUGGGUCAAUAGUUGCGGCGGUGAAGAGGCUGUGGCGAGCAUACUGACUAUGCAGCAACAGCAGGAGCAGCAGGAUAAGUCCUCAGCAGGGCAAUCCAGCACAAACACACACACACAUACAUACACACACACACACCCUGAGGGCCAGGCCCAAGGUCCAGCUCAAGGGGGAUCAUAUGACCCAGGAUUCAAUACUGCUGGUGCUGGUACAUAUACACAACCAACAGCGCAGUGGAACGACCCGAUAGAGCUUGCGCGAAGGAACAGUGGCACACACGGCUGGGCCGAGCAACAGCAGGGGAGAGCAAACCCUCUAUACACCAACCCGAAUACAAGUACCUAUACGAACACUUGGCAUAAUUUCCAGCAGUCUGAAACCGAAGAGCAAAGGAGGGAACGGGAAAUGGCGGCGGCCCGAGAAGAGGUGAAAAGGCAAAAUCUGCGACAGCAAGAAGAGCUUCUCCGCAAACAACAAGCCGAGGUCGUGCUCGCUGAACAACGCCGCCGUGAGUCUCUUCAACAGCAACGGCUUAGGCAAACCUGCCUGGCCUGCGGGACGUACAGACCUUCACAAUUCAAUUUCCAACGUCAGUUGUGCAAGUUUUGCAACUCUAUAUACACACGGGAAAGGGGUCUGCAUAUACAGCGCAUGAUGGGUGGAUAUCUUGACCCAGCUGCAGAGACACUCUGGAGACAAUGGCGCAUCUGGGGAAGCUUCGACGAUACGGAUAACCAUUACGGGCAUGGCUUUGAACCCGACAAGAUUCCUUGGCAGGAGAGAAAGCCCAAUUGGCAACAAGAGUACAUCCGCAGACACACCAAAAACACCCUCCAGCAGCAGCAGACCCAAAGCGAAACCUUGGAUCAACAGCAAAAAGCACAGCGUUUAGAACAGCAGAGAUUGGCUCAAGAAAAACUGGAACAACAAAGGCGUGCACGCCUGGCAAAGGAACAGGCCAAGCAGCGCCAUGCGGCGGCUAAGAAGGCCAGUGAUGCUGAGUGUGCCAGGUGGAUAGCGUCGUUAUCCCCUACUGCGGUUGAGAACGAAGAGGCGCGAUGGACAAGAUUUGAGCGGAAUACAAUUAUAGCUCAGAUUCGCCUGAGGGAUAUACCCUUUCCGCUAUAUAAUCCCUGCGGCAUAAUUUGCACGCCCAAUAAUGAAGAUGACAUGACUGUGAUUAAGAAGAAGAUCAGGAAAGCAAUGCUACGCUGGCACCCGGACAAAUUCAUCAAUAAUUUUGGCAGCAAGCUCUUCGGACCCGAGAGAGACGAGAUAAUUAAGGAAGUCAAUAAGGUGUCGCAUAUGGUCAGUAAGGACAAGGAACGAUUGGAGAAUACAAGCUAUGCAGGCAACUUUCCUUGGCGCUAUCGAUAUCGUUAGCUAAAAGAAUAUAUAAAACAAAUAAAAUAAAAUAAAAAUACC